AUGGCCUCCAUCCAGCAGCUGGUCGGGAGAUGGCGCUUGGUAGAGAGCAAAGGCUUCGACGAGUACAUGAAGGAGCUAGGUGUGGGGAUGGCUCUGCGGAAAAUGGGCGCCAUGGCCAAGCCCGACUGUGUCAUCUCUUCCGACGGCCAACACCUCACCAUCAAAACCGAGAGCACGCUGAAGACCACCCAGUUCUCAUGCAACCUGGGAGAGAAGUUUGAAGAGACUACAGCAGAUGGCAGGAAAACUCAGACCGUCUGCAACUUUGUCAACGGCGCGCUGGUCCAGCACCAGGAGUGGGACGGGAAGGAGAGCACCAUCACGCGGCGGCUGGAGGGCGGGAAGCUAGUGGUGGAAUGCGUCAUGAACAAUGUCAACUGCACUCGGGUCUACGAGAAAGUGGAGUAA